UCAAUAUGUUCUAAUGUACUGCUGUUUGUUCAUGUAUUAGCUUUACAACUGAAGGACAUCGUGUAUUUGAUAUGAGGAUGGUUCAAUGCAAUGUGUUGUGUGAGUUCAGUUACUCCACCAGUAAGUGUAUGUUUGUACUGUUUCAGGUGAUCAGUAGUGUGUGAGUUCAGUUACUCCACCAGUAAGUGUAUGUUUGUACUGUUUCAGGUGAUCAGUAGUGUGUGAGUUCUCACAUGGCUUGUCCUGAGAACAUGUUUUUUCUCAUUGGCUUCUUUAUGUCAGGUGUUUUGGCCUGUUUUGGUCGACGAGAUUUGAUCACCACAAUGCCAGAUAGACUGGAUGUACUGACUGGCUCCUGUGUGCAAAUCCCAUGUUCAUUUGUUAUUCCUGACCAACAUAAGGAUAAAUUUAACAGGGCAAUACUACUCUCUGGAGUGUGGAUUAAAGAAUCCCCAUACUUUGGUGAGCGUCCGGACAGAGUGAUAUUUAACAGUCGUGAGACGGUCAACAGAUAUCAAGGGAAGAUAACUGGAAACAUGUUCCAGAAGAACUGCACCACAGUCUUCUUCAAUGUAACCAGCAGUUACUUUGAUAAAUACUACUUCAGGAUUGAGAGUCAAUCAUUCCGUGCAACAGACACUGGAAAGUAUGUUGAAAUAGUGAUCAGCGAUUUGCCUUCCAGUCCCGUCCUUACAGUCUCAGGUGAGGUGAAGGAAGGGACCCCUGUCAGUUUGAACUGCUCUGCUGUCGCUCCCUGUCCCGAACACCCCCCUGAGCUGACAUGGAAUCUCCCAACACAGUUCACAACUGAGAACGAACUGCAGGAGAAUCCAGACCAAACCAAAUCAGUUCUCUCCACAGUGACCUUCACUCCGUCAUACCUUCAUCAUGAGAAGAACAUCACUUGUACUGCAGUUUACUCAGUAGGGACAAGCAACAAGACAGCUGAACAUAACAUGAUGCUUAACGUUUCAUUCUCUCCUAAGGACACCUUGGCCUCCAUCAGUCCAGCUGAUCCAGUAUCAGUGGGCAGCUGUGUUAAUCUGACCUGCAGCAGUACAGCCAACCCUCCUGUGAUAAACUUCACCUGGUUCCAGAUCUGUGGUAAUAAACCAACACAGGUAGCAUCUGGACAGAGUUACACCCUCAAUGUGACUGUUGGUGAUGGAGGACUGUACUUCUGUGAAGCAAGAAAUAGUCACGGCUGUGGGAAGUCAAAGGAAGUGCAGCUGGCUAUAAAAGGGCAAGAAGUGACUGUUAACACAAUGGCUUCUGGGAUUGCAGCAGGAACUUUGGGGGCCCUUUUGCUUAUCAGCCUGAUCAGUGUUUUUCGAUGGAGGAGAAACUCGAGGCUCCACGAUGGACUUGAAAGAACAGACAGUCCACAGGGACAGAACUCCCCGGUUGGGACAGUGUGUACUAACCAGGCCACAGCCAGAGAGGAACCAGAGGAACCUGCAGAAGACCAGCCUGAAGAGAUCCAAUACGGUGACAUAGACUUCUCCAAACUACAGACCAAAGAGACCCCAGCUACAGCCCAGGACAGGGUCCAGGGACAGGAGAGUGAGUACGCUGAAGUCAACGUGACUGGGAGAGAGGCUCAGGAACCACCUCUUAACAACCUAGAUGGGCUUUAUGCACAAGUGAAUAAAACAGGUGGAUGUUAAGUAUUUUGCCAAUGAGUAUUAAGUGUUUUUAUGUACAGUAUUGUAAUUGUGUAUCUGUUUCUAUUGGUACUUUUGUUACAUUUAUAAUUGUGUGCUCUUUGAUUAUCUGCAUAUUUGUAGAAUUUUCUGGGAUGAAAAGUGUUUAACUGUUACUAUAGUGGUGAUAUGAUGAUGCAGGCUACUCUUUAUUUUAGACCAUUUAUUUUGAGUGUUGAGUUCACAGAGCAUCUGUUUAAUGGGUUCCAGUAUAGAGGAACUGCUGAGUUCAACUAGCUCACUGAAGGCAGUUUAAGACCAUAUAAAGUCAAUGAUGACUGAGGAGAGAAGAGACAGUUAGUUGGAGAGACAGUGGUCUGAUACAAGACAGGAAGUUGGUGCAGUAAGUCUACAUGAUGGCAGAAUGGUGUUAACAUCUACUAGUUACUGUUUAUCUUCAUCUUUUGUGCAGCUCCCAGAAUAACAAUAUUAUCUAUUUUCAGUUUAUACAGUUGAAGUCGGAAGUUUACAUACAGAUAGGUUGGAGUCAUUAAAAUUCAUUUUUCAACCACUCCACAAAUUUCUUGUUAACAAACUAUAGUUUUGGCAGGUAGGUUAG